AUGCAACUUCCAAUCCCGAUCAAUCAGAACUCCCUUAUCGCUGCUGCAUGUCGCGUGCAGGGGCCUUAUCAGAAAGGGGUGCAUAAUUGCUUUAAUCACGGUAAAGUUCAACCACCACAUGCAGACAAGCGAGGGAUGAUAAAAAAACUGAUUCUUACUUCACUUAAUUCUAUACGUUAUUUAGCGGACGCGAGUACUGCGUUUCUACGCGCUGCCCGAGCUGGUCAGAUUGAUAAAAUCAUAAGCCUGCUGGAGCAAGGAGUUGACAUCAACGUUAGCAAUGCUAAUGGUCUGAAUGCAAUCCACCUUGCGUCGAAAGACGGGCACGUGGAAGUGGUGAGGGAGUUACUCCAGCGUGGCGCAUUGAUAGAUGCAGCCACCAAGAAGGGUAACACUGCUCUACAUAUUGCUUCUCUGGCUGGUCAAGAGGCUGUGGUUCGACUUCUUGUGCAGAAUGGUGCACAGGUUAACAUCCAAUCUCAAAAUGGGUUCACUCCAUUGUACAUGGCAGCACAAGAGAAUCAUGAUGGUGUUGUCAAGUUUCUGCUUUCCAACGGCGCCAAUCAAAGCUUGGCUACAGAGGAUGGUUUCACGCCCCUGGCCGUUGCAAUGCAACAAGGUCACGAGAAGGUCGUGGCAGUCCUUCUAGAAGCUGACACCCGCGGUCGCGUGCGCUUACCAGCUUUACACAUUGCUGCUAAAAAAGACGACGUCAAGGCAGCAAACUUACUGCUGGAGAAUGAACACAACCCAGAUGUGACGUCCAAAUCUGGCUUCACACCGCUGCACAUUGCUGCUCAUUACGGCAAUGAAGCUGUGGCCAGGUUGCUGCUGGCUAAAGGGGCCGAUGUCAAUUGUGCUGCUAAGCAUAAUAUUUGUCCAUUGCAUGUUGCUGCUAAGUGGGGUAAAGACAACAUGGUAUCCCUCCUCUGUGACAAUGGGGCGAACGUGGAGGCUCGUACCAGAGAUGGUCUGACACCGUUGCACUGUGCUGCCAGGUCUGGCCACGAGAGGGUCGUAGAAGCACUUUUGGACCGCGGAGCACCCAUAACUAGUAAAAGCAAGAAUGGGUUAGCACCACUGCACAUGGCGGCUCAAGGGGAUCAUUCAGAAGCUGCUCGUGUGCUACUCGGGCGUAGAGCACCGGUUGAUGACGUCACCGUUGAUUAUCUGACUGCGCUGCACGUUGCUGCUCACUGCGGACACGCGAAGGUCGCCAAACUGCUCUUAGAUAGAAACGCUGACGCCAACGCCCGAGCCCUGAACGGGUUCACACCUUUGCAUAUUGCCUGCAAGAAGAACAGGAUCAAAGUGGUCGAGCUACUUCUGAAAUAUGGUGCAAGCAUUCAAGCCACUACGGAGUCAGGAUUGACACCACUUCACGUGGCCUCGUUCAUGGGUUGUAUGAACAUCGUCAUCUACUUGUUGCAACACGAGGCAAACCCAGAUGUCCCAACGGUUAGAGGAGAGACACCGUUACACUUGGCUGCUAGAGCUAACCAGACGGAUAUAAUAAGAAUUCUUCUCCGCAACGGUGCUGCAGUCGAAGCGAAAGCUCGUGAACGUCAAACUCCACUCCACAUUGCUUCUCGCUUGGGCAACGUCGACAUUGCCGUGCUGUUGCUGCAACAUGGCGCUGACGUGCGUGCGAUGACAGCAGACCAUUACAACGCGCUGCAUAUCGCUGCUAAGCAGCAUAACCAUGAUGUUGCAGCAGCUUUAAUCGAGCAUAACGCACCAUUGACAGCAACUACUAAGAAAGGCUUCACUGCUCUUCAUCUUGCUGCUAAAUAUGGUAAUCUAAAGGUAGCGAACCUGCUUCUAGCAAAUGGUGCUUCACCAGACCAAGCUGGAAAAAAUGGAAUGACGCCGCUGCACAUAGCUGCACAGUAUGAUCAACAAGCUGUUGCCAACACCUUGCUAGAGAAGGGAGCUGAUGCAAAGGCGAUCGCUAAAAACGGCCAUACACCACUGCACAUAGCAGCUCGCAAGAACCAAAUGGAGACGGCUGCUACACUGUUGGAAUAUGGGGCAUUGACGAAUGCUGAAUCGAAAGCUGGGUUCACACCGUUGCAUUUGGCAGCUCAACAGGGUCACACCGAGAUGUGUUCUCUCCUGUUGGAACAAGGAGCUGAAGUAGACCAGCAAGCUAAGAAUGGUCUAGCGGCGCUGCAUCUCGCCGCGCAGGAAGAUAGAGUUCCAGUAGCUCAGCUGCUCGUCAAAAAUGGGGCACAGGUGGACAUCUGCACUAAGGGUGGUUACACACCUCUGCAUAUCGCCAGCCAUUACGGCCAGGCCAACAUGGUACGCUAUCUGCUGGAAAACGACGCAUCUGUUAAGGCCCAGACAUCGCAUGGUUAUCUCGCAAACGUGCCGAAGUUGAAGGGUCGCGAAAACUUUGACGAUUGGGCGUUCGCAGUUGAGAACUUGCUUAUAUUGGAGGGCGCGGACAUUUUCCUGAAGCAAGAAGGAACGGGCGAUGCAGCGGCGACCGUUGCAAAGGCGCGUGCUAAGAUGAUUUUGACGAUUGAUUCAUCAUUAUUCGUGCACAUAAAAGAUACAACGACCGCGAAGCAAUUGUGGACAAAACUUCGUUCUUUGUUCGACGAUUCAGGAUUCGCUAUCAAUGAUGAAUGGGUUGGUUCACUAUUGCUUGCCGGAUUACCAGAGCGAUUUAUGCCUAUGAUCAUGGCCAUCGAGCACUCCGGAAUUCAAAUAACGGCUGAUUCGAUCAAGUCAAAAUUACUUGAUAUGGAAGUAGCGGAUUCAGGUGAAUCGGAACGUAACUCAGCACUGGCAGCAAAAUGGCGGAAUAAAUCGAGCAAAGGGGGCAACACUAAUAAACAUGGCGGACAGAUCCCGAAUACGUCAAUGUCAAAAUCGAAUGUAAACAACACAAAAACAAUAACUUGUUAUCGUUGUAAGGAAACUGGACAUUAUCGGAACCAGUGUCCACUUUUAAAGGAGAAAACAGUAAACAAGAAACAAAGUAAUGCUUUCAACGUUGUUUUUCUCAGUGGCGGUUUCAGUAAAAGUGAUUUUUAUAUCGACUCUGGUGCAAGUAUGCAUAUGACGCCGAACGAAUGUUGGAUGAAAAAUGUUAAAUACUCAUCAAGUUUACCAGAAAUAGUUGUCGCAAAUAAGACGAAAAUUCCCGUUUUAUGUUCAGGUGACAUAGAAAUAACGACAAGCUACAAUUAUGAUAUUACUGUGUAG